UAUUACUUAAAACAGGAAAACUAAGAGGAAAACACACUUUGAAGUGGGCUAUUCAUUGUGUUCAUGCUGUAACAACAUAACUGCCUUUCGAGGGCAUGGAGCUGUCAGAGAGAUGCACAGUUUUUACUGCGAUCCCUGCUCCUUGCUUUGGAGUAUUUGUGGUUCUUGUUGUUGGGAUCUGGGGAGCUGAAGCACAGAGUGAACCUGACACUAAAACUAUAUAUGUAUGGAAGACUGGUCCAUGGGGCAGAUGCAUGGGAGAUGAAUGUGGUCCAGGAGGUAUUCAGACAAGAGCAGUAUGGUGUGCACAUGUGGAGGGAUGGACAACUUUGCCUACAAACUGUAUACAGACAGAUAGGCCUGAAAAUCAACAAAACUGUUUUCGAGUUUGCGACUGGCACAAGGAAUUGUAUGACUGGCAACUGGGAAGCUGGAAUCAGUGCAGUCCAGUAAUAUUAAAAAGCCCAGAUAAACCUGCAGAAUGCAUUAAAGGUGAAGAAGGAAUUCAAACAAGAGAAGUAACUUGUCUCCAGAAAGCAUCUGGAACAGAAGCAGAUGAUAGCAUAUGUGAAUACUUUGAGCCAAAGCCUCGAUUAGAGCAAGGAUGUCUAAUUCCCUGUCCUCAGGAUUGUAUUGUGUCAGAUUUUUCUCCAUGGUCUGAAUGUUCCAAAACAUGUGGAAGUGGAUUACAACAUAGAACACGACAUGUAGUUGCAAUGGCUCUGUUUGGUGGAUCAGCCUGUCCUAACUUAACAGAAUUUCAUGUCUGCCAGUCAUCUCCUUGUGAGGGUGAAGAAAACAUGUACAGCUUGAAUGUAGGACCCUGGAGUUCAUGUUCAGUGUCCCUUUCUAGGCAUGUGAGACAGGUUGGGAAACGUGGAAAGAACAGAGAACGUGUAAAAGAGAGAGAAAAGGUGGUCAAAGACCCUGAAGCACGUGAGCUAAUAAAGAAGAAAAGAAAUCGAAAUAGAAAGAAUAGACAGGAAAACAGACACUGGGAUAUACAUAUCGGAUAUCAAACAAGGCUUGUUACUUGCAUGCACAAAAAUGGAAAAACUGCUGCACUGAGUUUUUGCCAACAGGAAAAGUUGCCAAUAACUUUCCAGUCUUGUGUUGUGGAUAAAGAGUGCCAAGUCUCAGAGUGGUCAGAAUGGAGUGCUUGUACCAAGGACUGCAGUAUAGCAUCAGCUGCUGGGAAUCGUACCAGAAAAAGGUCUAUUAAACUGUUUCCAAUUGGUAACACAAAGGAAUGUCCAGAGCUGGAGGAAGCAGAGCAAUGCACCCCUCAAACUGAAGGGGAACAUGACUGCCUUAAGUAUACAUGGAGGGCUACAGAGUGGGCUGAAUGUCGCAUCGAUCCCUUGCUUAGUCAACAAGACAAAAGAAGAGGAAACCAGACAGCUUUAUGUGGAGGAGGAAUUCAGACUCGUGAAGUUUACUGUGUACAAGCAAAUGAAAAUCUCCUUUCCUAUCUCAAUUCUGUCAAAGAUAAAGAAGCUUCAAAGCCAGUAGAUCCAAAGCUUUGCACAGAUCCUGCACCAAGUACCAGCCAGCUAUGUCAUGUUCCCUGCCCUAUAGAGUGUGAGGUUUCUACAUGGUCAGCUUGGGGACCCUGCACAUUUGAAAACUGUGAUGAUCAGCUAAGCAAAAAAGGUUUCAAGCUUAGAAAACGCCAUAUAACUAAUGAGCCUACAGGUGGCACUGGCAACUGUCCUCAUUUAAUAGAAGCCAUUCCUUGUGAGGAACCAGCCUGCUAUGACUGGCGACUGGAUAAACUUGAAGAGUGCAUCCCUGACAAUGGAAACAAAUGUGGAUCUGGUACUCAGGUUCCUUUGGUAACCUGUAUUAAUAGUGAUGGAGAAGAAGUUGACAGACAGCUGUGCCGAGAUGCCAUCUAUCCAAUCCCUAUUGCAUGUGAUGUUCCAUGUCCAAAGGACUGUGUACUUAGCAUGUGGUCAGAAUGGUCCUCUUGCUCACACACCUGCUCAGGCAAAACAACGGAAGGACGGCAGACUCGAGCACGCUCUAUCCUUGCUUAUGCAGGUGACGAAGGAGGCGUACAAUGCCCAGAAAGCAAUGCUUUGCAAGAAAUUCGAAGCUGCAAUGAGCAUCCUUGUACCGUAUAUCAUUGGCAGACAGGUCCCUGGGGCCAGUGCACAGAAGAUGUCAGUAUUUCAGCUUUUAACUCUUCAAACUGGAAUGGAGAAGCCACGUGUGCUCUUGGGAUGCAGACAAGAAAAGUUAUUUGUGUCAGAGUCAACGUGGGACAGGUUGGACCAAAAAAAUGCCCUGAAAGCCUUCGACCAGAGACAAUGAGGCCAUGCUUGCUACCUUGCAGAAAAGAUUGUAUUGUUACUCCAUACAGUGAAUGGACACCUUGCCCUACAUCUUGUGAAGAAGGUGGUUCUGGGAUUAAAAAGCAGACACGACAUCGAGUCAUUAUUCAGCUUCCCUCAUACGGCGGCAGAGACUGUCCUGACACUUUAUAUGAAGAAAAUGAUUGUGAAGCUCCUGCUGUCUGUCAUAAUUACAGAUGGAAAACACAUAAAUGGAGACGAUGUCAACUGGUACCCUGGCAUGUCAGGCAGGAUAGCCCUGGGGCCUAUGAGACGUGUGGGCCUGGACUACAAGCUAGAGCAAUCACUUGUCGCCGACAAGAUGGAGCUCAGACAGAAAUUACAGAUUGUUUUAAGCAUGCAGGAUCUUUGCCAGCUUUAACCCAGACGUGUCAGAUACCUUGCCAGGACGAUUGCCAGUUUACCAACUGGUCCAAGUUCUCAUCAUGUAAUGGAGACUGUGGAGCUAUCAGGACCAGAAAGCGUUCUCUUCUCGGUAAAAGUAAGAAAAAAGACAAGUGUAAAAAUUCCCAGUUAUAUCCAGUGAUUGAAACUCAGUUGUGCCCAUGUGACAAAUACAGUGCACAACCUGUGGGGAACUGGUCAGACUGUAUUUUGCCAGAAGGUAAAGUGGAGGUUUUACUGGGAAUGAAAGUACAAGGAGACAUCAAGGAGUGUGGACAAGGAUAUCGCUACCAAGCCAUGGCAUGUUAUGAUCAAAACAACAGACUUGUAGAGACUGCAAGAUGCAACAGUCAUGGUUAUAUUGAAGAGGCGUGCAUUAUUCCCUGCCCUUCUGAUUGUAAACUCAGCGAAUGGUCCAGUUGGUCGAGAUGUAGCAAAUCCUGUGGAAGUGGUGUGAAAGUGAGAUCCAAAUGGCUUCGUGAAAAACCCUAUAAUGGUGGAAGACCUUGCCCAAAGCUUGACCAUGUUAAUCAGGUAAAUGUGUAUGAAGUGGUUCCAUGUCACAGUGAUUGCAAUCAGUAUAUCUGGGUCACAGAACCAUGGAGCAUAUGCAAAGUAACAAAUGUAGAUCGGAAACAUAACUGUGGAGAAGGUGUGCAGACCAAGAAAGUGCGAUGCAUGCAAAACACAGUAGAUGGUCCAACAGAUGUUGUAGAGGACUACCUUUGUGAACCAGAAGAGAUGCCACUUGGAGCUAGAAACUGUAAACUGCCAUGUCCUGAAGACUGUGUGAUGUCUGAAUGGAGCCAAUGGACACGAUGUUCCUUGCCUUGUGAUGGAACCAACUACCGGGAAAGAAAUGCAACACCCAUUCGCCAACCAGAUGAUGGCAAAACCUGUAAUGCUGCUAUUGAAACAGAACCAUGCAACUUGAACAAGAACUGUUACCAUUAUGAGUACAAUGUAACAGACUGGAGCACUUGUCAGCUAAGUGAGAAAGCUGUGUGUGGAAAUGGAAUCAAAACACGAAUGCUUGAUUGUGUUCGAAGUGAUGGUAAAUCCGUGGAUCUAAAUUACUGUGAAGAACUUGGAUUGGAGAAAACAUGGCAGAUGAACAUCUCUUGCAUGGUGGAAUGUCCUGUGAAUUGUCAGCUUUCUGAUUGGUCACCUUGGUCCACAUGUUCUCAAGACUGUGGCCUUGCAGGGAGAAUGGUACGCAAAAGAUCUGCGAUCCAACCAUCUCAGGGAGAUGGCAGACCAUGCCCUUCACAGAUGGAGCAGUCCAAGCCCUGUCCUGUAAAGCCAUGUUACAGAUGGCAGUAUGGACGCUGGUCUGUGUGUGAAGUUGAGGAUGCUCAGUGUGGUGAAGGUAUACGGUUCAGAAACAUUUCCUGCGUAGUCUAUGAUGGAACCAAGGAAGACACUGGAAAAAUAGUGGAUGAAGAAUUUUGUAGUGACAUCGAACUCAUAGUUAAUGGUGAUAAUAAAGUCAUCCUUGAAGAAGCAUGUACAGUGCCGUGUCCAGGUGACUGUUAUUUAAAUGAAUGGUCGGACUGGAGCUUGUGUCAGCUGACUUGUGUUAAUGGUGAAGAUCUUGGAUUUGGAGGUGUAAAAGUCAGAUCACGAGCAGUAAUAAUACAAGAAAUGGAAAAUCAACAUCUUUGUCCAGAUCAAGCAAUAGAGACAAAACCAUGUAAUGAUGGUCAGUGUUAUGAGUACAAAUGGUUGUCAAGUCCAUGGAAAGGAUCUUCUAGAUCUAUUUGGUGUCAGAGGUCAGAUGGUUUAAAUGUAACAGGAGGUUGCUUAGAAACACAUCAACCAGAAAAGGAUAGAUCAUGCAACCCACCGUGCACUCAGCAGUACUCAUACUGUACUGAGACGGGAUCUUGUGGAUGUGAAGAUGGAUACACUGAGGUGACUUCAUCAGAUGGAACAUUAGAUCAGUGCACCCUGAUUCCAGUUGUGGUAAUGCCUACAAUUGGGGAUAAAAAGGGAGAUGUGAAAACAAGCCGUGCCAUUAAUCCCACCCAACCGUCAAGCAGUCAGUCAGGAUAUGGAGUAAGAACAUGGGUUUUACAGCCAUUUGGUCAAGAUGGGAGGCUGAAGACUUGGGUUUAUGGGGUUGCAGCAGGAGCCUUUGUUCUUCUCAUCUUUAUUGUUUCUAUGAUCUAUUUGGCCUGCAAAAAGCCAAAGAAGCCCCCAAGAAGACAAAACAACCGCUUGAAACCCCUCACCUUGGCUUAUGAUGGAGAUGUGGACAUGUAAAAAAAAAACUUAAAAAAAAACUUGGAAAACAUAAAUUUUUCAAUAUCUAAAUUUAAAUAAAACCAGAACAUCUACGUUUUGAGAAUAGCCACCUAAAGAACUCAUGAGGGUUACAAACGUACUUUGAGGAAAUAUUGAUAUUUUGAUUCCAGAUUUCGAAAACACGACAACAACAUAUUAAAUGACAUAAUAUCCAUAUUUUUGUUUUCUGGAUCCUUCAAGCUGCAAAGACAUGUUCUGCUAUCAUGCGCAAGUAUACUGGCCCUUGACCAGACUGGCUCAAUGUAUUAUUGUUAUGUUGCCAUCAGUACAAAUCUAUACAGACCAUCUUCUGGACAUCUUUCCUUGUACCUACUCAGAUAAACUGUAAAAGUUUGUAAUGAACUUUAUUGUAUAUAAUGUCACAUAGAUGGCUGAUGUUUAUAUACAUUGAGUAUCUAGGGUGUUUUUUUUUUUUUUUUUUUUUUUUUUUAAUUUACGUUCAUGACUUAAUAUGGAAUGAUGGGACUUAAAAUUUCUAAAGCAUUCGUGCCACAAUUACAACUAACAUGAAAGUGUCCUCUAAUGCAGUAUUUUAUAGUACUCUCUAAAUACACUCACUUGUAAAUGUUAUAAUCUUUCUACUUUCUCUAUCUCUCAUAAUGUUGCCUACAUCUUUUUUGCUAUGUGUAAGGCAAGAUUUUGCACUAUAUUAGUGCAGCAUGAUAUGCACUUAACUAGAAUUGCCAUAGAAAAUGCCUCUUUUCAUAAGGGAUGGUGAGUCAUGUGCUAGCAGUAUCAAGUAGACAUUAAACAGAACUUGAAAGUCAGGAGAGUAGAGUUUGGUGACAAGAUACAAUUGACAAUAUCCUUUGUACAUAUAUUUAGCUGUUUCUUGUCACAUUAGCUAUUUUCUAGUUAGUAGGUGUAAUGUAUCUUUUUCUCAAUCUACAGACAUUUUUUUAAUAUUUGGUAUAAUAAGCUAUACUUUGUUUUCCUGUGUAUAUAAUUGUAGUUUAUAAUGGAAAUAAUAUUAUGUUAAGAAUAGUAAGUUAUUGCAACCAACUGCAAAAUGUUGUACACCCAAGAUAUUAAAUAAGAAUGCAGGAGCCAAAUACUGCUAUUGUGGUAAAUUAUCUAAUUAGUUCAUCCUUAUGUUUAUCAAUAACUUUCCUGUAUGCUUUGCCCCCUGUAUGGACCACACCUGUCCCAACAUCCAGUGUUAUGUUAACUAUAUAAAGAUUAACAGUAUAUAUUACACCUCCUGAGUCCUGAUACCAUAAACCCUUUUUCAGGAUAUACAUUGUACCUUCUCAUACCUUCACCCCUGAAAGUGUGGGGUCCCACAAAGUGCAGGGCCCUGGGUGGGUGCCCUUCUCGCCCUGCCCAAAAGAUAGGCCUGCUUACUACAGUCUAUUACUAUGUAUGCUAUUAACUGUUUUAGCGUUCUCUUUCUUCAAAUGUAUUUGUGGGAAGAUUAUUUUACAGUUAAAAUAAUAUUUUUUAUCAAUAAAUUCUAUAUGAUGUUUUUUUGUUUUUAAAAAAAGAAAAGUUUUUUACACUGAAUUAGAAUCUACCACCUUUGCUAAAAUGUUUCCUUGACAAAUUUAUAUAAAGUUUGGUGUUUUUCAGUA